CAACGUCUUCGAUUAAUUCCAUUCCUAUGUUGCCCAAACUCUCAAAAUGCAUCAGCUUCACCGCUUCGCGGGACUGGUUGUACCGUCAUUUGUUCGCCUCCGCGGGGCUCCGGUCGGUGGCCACCGACCUCGGCGAAGGAACCACCAUGCAUUGCUGGGUACCCAAAAUGCACAAGCCAUGCAAGCCAAGUCUCGUACUUGUUCACGGUUUUGGCGCCAAUGCGAUGUGGCAAUACGGGGAACACAUUCGGCACUUCAUGGGGCACUUCAACGUGUACGUGCCAGACCUUGUGUUCUUCGGCGAGUCCUUCACGUCUCGACCUGAGAGGAGCGAGUCCUUUCAGGCGGAGUGCGUGGUGAAGAUGAUGGAGGCUCAUGGGGUGCACAAAAUGAGCUUGGUGGGGAUCAGCUAUGGUGGGUUUGUGGGGUACCGUGUGGCUGCUCACUUCCCUGAGGUGGUGGAGAAGAUUGUUCUUUGUUGUGCUGGGGUUUGCUUGGAGGAGGUUGACAUGGAAAAUGGCUUGUUCAGGGUUUCCAAUUUGGAUGAGGCUUCCAGCAUUUUGUUGCCACAAACACCGGACAAGCUCAGGGAAUUGAUGAAGUUGUCCUUUGUCAGGCCUGCCAGGGGUGUGCCUACUUGGUUCCUUCAAGAUUUCAUUCAAGUGAUGUGUACAGACUACAUUGAACAGAAGAGAGAAUUGCUUGAGGCAAUACUGAAAGGUCGGCAUCUUUCUGAUCUUCCUAAGAUCCAACAGCCUACUCUAAUUUUGUGGGGAGAGCAAGAUCAGAUAUUCCCUCUGGAGUUAGGACACAGAUUAAAAAGGCAUAUAGGGGGAAAUGCUCAAAUGGCAGUCAUCAAGAAUGCAGGGCAUGCAGUGAACCUAGAAAAGGCCAAAGAGUUUGGUAUGCACUUGAAAGCAUUCCUUAUAGAUUCUAAUACUACAAAGUCAUGUCCCACCUCACAGUUUUCUGCUGGGGGGAAUAUUCAUUUUUAACUUUAUAUCAUUUAGAAGGUGAUUUCAGCUUCCUACAGAUCCAAUUUUCGACAUAUUCUGGGGGAAUUACUCUUUUUCCUUUUCUUUUUGGUGGGGGGAGGGGGGGAUUAUUAAUUUUUAUUUUGUUGAUUUAAUGCAAAAAAAAUAAAAUAAAAGGCUUCGUGUGCUAGUUUCUUCCAUUUUUUUUUGUCACAGUUGGACGAGAAGGAGGUUCUGUGUUGUUUAUGUACUUUUGUUUUUUAGAACAUAUGUACAAUUGACUAAAAAAUCUCAAUAUAUACAUAUAUUACUUUAUUUUGCUCUGCGGUUGAGCAGGGUUGUACU